GCCUCCCUCCUGCCUCCUCAACUAAGCCUGAAGCUGGGGUCACAGGAUCAGCAGGGGCUCCAGGAGCUGUCCUGUGACUGAUCACAGCCACAGAGCUCCUUCUACCCCCGAGAGCCUCCCCACAAGCACACACGUGAACAGGUCUCCAUAGAUAGCACAGACACAUACAGCUGCCCGAGACUUGGCCUUAACCGAGGGGGCACUGUCAGAGGUAUUAAUCUCAGGGGCACCUUCAGGAUACCCCUCCCCUCAGGUAUCCAGGGCUGAGGCCUUGAAUGCUCCCUUCCAGAAUGAGGGCCCUGUCCUACCAGGACCCCCAGUUGGUUAGGAACACACCUGUCUUCCUGUCUGCCUCCACUCUGCCAUCGAGAGAAUACCAGCCAUUCCAAGUACCCACAAGCCUUGCCAAGUGACCCUGCUAGCACCCCUCCAUCCAAGACAAUCCCUAUGGGACAGGGCUGACUUAUGGGGGCCCCUCUCAGCCACAUGUCCCAUGCCAGUUCCAGUCCCAUCAGGCAAGUCAGCCCUCCCUCAGGCACUGAUGCAUGGCCAGCCAGGACUCAUGGCAUAAUGAAAAGGACCAGGUCAGGGGGCGAGACGAGUCUGCCCUGGGAUAGCCCUUAGGAGGUCAUAUGUAAAGGUAGGAGCUGGAGUCCCUGGAGCCUAAGCGUGAAAGUGUGUGCAUGUUGUGAGUGUGUGUGGCUGUGGUGGGGGGAGGGCUUACAAGCCUGGAGAGGCUGGUGGGACCACCAGGAGUCUUCCUGGAAGAGGGAAGUCCUGGGUAACAGUGAGAGAGAGGCACAGGCUCUCUAGGAGCCAGGGGAGGCAGGCUGAAGAGAGGCCCAGGUGUCCCUGUCUGAGCCUAUGCUACUGGACACCCUCCCCCCACCCAGCACCCGCCCCCCUUCAAGGAUCCUCCCUGCGGCUCCCUGUGGCCAGCAGCUCUGCAGCACUCGGCUCUUCUCCACUCUGCUCAGCUCCGCUCCAGGAAGGCCACCUCCUCCUCCCCCUCCUCCUCCCGCUGUCACCACUCACCGCUCAUAACCUCAAGGGGGUGGGGACCCCAGGGCUGGACACACCCCACCGUGGCCCCAGAGCUCAGCCGGUCGGACGGACGGACAGUUGGACACCGGACCCCAGAGCCUGAGGUGGGCAGUGUGCCAGGGUCCCUUGCGGCCUCCUCAAGCCCUGUCCAGGCUAUGGGCAUCAAGACAGCAUUGCCUGUGGCUGAGCUGGGCCUCUACUCUCUGGUGCUGAGUGGGGCCCUGGCCUAUGCUGGCCGGGGCCUCCUUGAGGCUUCACAAGAUGGGGCCCACAGGAAGGCCUUCCGGGAGUCUGUGCGACCUGGCUGGGAGUACAUUGGCCGGAAGAUGGAUGUGGCUGACUUCGAGUGGGUGAUGUGGUUCACCUCCUUUCGCAACGUCAUCAUCUUUGCCCUCUCCGGACAUGUGCUGUUUGCUAAACUCUGCACCAUGGUUGCCCCACAGCUCCGCUCCUGGAUGUAUGCUGUGUAUGGGGCCCUGGCUGUGAUGGGCACAAUGGGCCCUUGGUACCUGCUGCUGCUGCUUGGUCACUGUGUGGGCCUCUAUGUGGCCUCGCUCUUGGGCCAGCCCUGGCUCUGUCUUGGCCUUGGCUUGGCCAGCCUGGCCUCCUUCAAGAUGGACCCCCUAAUCUCUUGGCAGAGUGGGUUUGUAGCAGGCACUUUUGAUCUUCAAGAGGUGCUGUUUCAUGGGGGCAGCAGCUUCACAGUGCUGCGUUGCACGAGCUUUGCACUGGAGAGCUGUGCCCACCCUGACCGCCACUACUCCUUAGCUGACCUGCUCAAGUACAACUUCUACCUGCCCUUCUUCUUCUUCGGGCCCAUCAUGACCUUUGAUCGCUUCCAUGCUCAGGUGAGCCAGGUGGAGCCAGUGAGACGCGAGGGUGAGCUGUGGCACAUCCGAGCCCAGGCAGGCCUAAGCGUGGUGGCCAUCAUGGCCGUCGACAUUUUCUUUCACUUCUUCUACAUCCUCACCAUCCCCAGUGACCUCAAGUUCGCCAACCGCCUCCCAGACAGUGCCCUCGCUGGCCUAGCCUAUUCAAACCUGGUGUAUGACUGGGUGAAGGCGGCCGUCCUCUUUGGUGUUGUCAACACUGUGGCGUGCCUCGACCACCUGGACCCACCCCAGCCUCCCAAGUGCAUCACCACGCUCUACGUCUUCGCGGAAACGCACUUUGACCGUGGCAUCAACGACUGGCUUUGCAAGCAUUGUUCUAGGCACUGGGGAUACAGCAGUGAACAUGGCAAAGACCUGAACUCAUGGAGCUUACAGUCUAGUGGGGAGAUACAGACCAUAAACAGAUAUGUGUAUAACCACAUUGGUGGGGAGCAUUCCGCCGUGAUCCCAGAGCUGGCGGCCACAGUGGCCACAUUUGCCAUCACCACUCUGUGGCUUGGGCCUUGUGACAUUGUCUACCUGUGGUCAUUCCUUAACUGCUUUGGCCUCAACUUUGAGCUCUGGGUGCAAAAACUGGCAGAGUGGGGGCCCCUAGCACGAAUUGAGGCCUCUCUGUCAGUGCAGAUGUCCCGUAGGGUCCGGGCCCUGUUUGGAGCCAUGAACUUCUGGGCCAUCAUCAUGUACAACCUUGUGAGCCUGAACAGCCUCGAAUUCACAGUGCUGGUUGCCCGGCGCCUGCUACUCACAGGGUUCCCCCAGACCACGCUGGCCAUCCUGUUUGUCACCUACUGUGGCGUCCAGCUGGUAAAGGAGCGUGAGCGAACCUUGGCACUGGAGGAGGAGCAGAAGCAGGACAAAGAGAAGCCAGAGUAGGAGGGAGUGGGUAGAGAGAUGGGCUCUCCUCAGCUAUUCUUGGGCCAGAUGGGGCCUGACCGAUAGAAUAAAAGACUUUUCUACAACAG